UGCAGCCAUGGACGUAAUAUGGUGGAACCCCAUAGUUGCAGCUUUCUAGUUUACACGAGUUUUGUGCUGAUCGUGAAUUUAGGUUGCUGGCGGGUUGUACCUCUGGUGAAUGAUAACUCAUAUCCUUUGUGUUAUCGCUUGCCAAGCUGUUAAUGUUGUUGAGGCCCGAAAGACUGAUCAAGUAUUUGAAUCCGGAUAACGGGAUUUUUUUGUUGCAAAUACUGACAAAAUACUUGUCAGCUAACCAACUCAACACGGUUGCAAAAAAUUUCCUUAACUGACAAAAUAGAUCAGUGGUAAUGGUACAGACCUGACAAGAGCACUUCUUUUCUGCGUGACUACCAGUAUCCAUACUGGUGAUCAUUUACUAUGGUUUUACCGCCUCCUCGGGUAUUAUCCUUGGUCUGGAGGUUUUGUGCUCUGACAGUGAAGCCCACUGUGAAGAGUUGUAGGUUUGCAAGCAGAAAUGCCACAUCAUGGACGGAUCGGGGCAAGAGAGUCUCUGACAGAAGACCAACACAGAUCCUUGACAGGCUGGAUGAAGAACCUGAGAUUGAGGAUGUGGAGGAAAAGCUCCAGGCCUUGCACGAUGAGGAGAGGAGGCGACAAAAGGCUGUCAGAUACCAAAAAAUAAGGAGGCGGAUGACUCCUUCAGGACCUCCUGAGAGGAAGCUAAGCUGGGAUGCUAUGGAGCAGAUCAGGUAUCUAAAGAAUGAACAACCAGAGGAGUGGACAGUGGAGCGUCUGGCUGAAGGGUUCUCUGUCACCCCUGACAUAAUCUUCAGAGUCCUCAGGAGCAAGUUCACCCCCACACCUGAAAGAAAAGCAAAACAGGAUGCUAAAGCACAGGCAAGACUCCGGCAGAAGGCUCUGUCUUCAGGUAGGGAGGCAGAACACAGCAGGCCUCAGCUGCCAGGACCCAGUACAGCAGCUAUGCUGCCCAGUGGGAAUAGCACAGGUGCACUGGUUACUGUUGCCAGUCAGAUUACGACACCUAAAGGAGAAGGUAGAAGAGCUUUGGUGGCCCAUACUGCCAGUCCUGCCCCACUUGCCUCUCUGUCAAGUCAAGUCUCUGUCCCACCGGUUGUGUUCAGUAAACAUCCCUCGAUAAUAUCAAGAUCAGCAGAGGAAGACGGCAUCGCCGGAGAUGAUGCUUUUGAGAAGGGAGGUGAGAAAGCGGCGGAGGAAGAGACCUGGGAUGGUCGGAUCUUUUCAGAGGAAGAACUUGAAGAGGUUAUGCUGGCAGUAAAGACAUCUCCUGUGGUGCAAGUCGGGAAGGAGUUCUUUGAUGCUGAGGGCACUUUAUUGUAUAGAAUCUAAAGAAUUCUUAAAGAAUCACUGGGUCAAUAAACUUAUUAAUUUUUCAA